UGACGUAGGUCCAUGGAAAAUGUUUGGCAGCCUCUUCUCCGAUCGCUACAACAGAAAACGGGAUAUCUUCUAUGCACAAUAUGAGGCGACACGUUUGCGAUUUCCAAACCUGCCCUUCUAUGGACGUCCCAAAGAGCCCUUGAAAAGUAGAUCUCCAAAGCGUAGCCAGAAGAAAAGGCGACAUGAAGACUACGAUUACGAUGAAUGGAUUGCCGGCAAUUUCGUGCCGAUUGUCGUGCGACGGACCGUGGAACAGUGGAGUCGUAGCCAAUUAAUGGACCUGGCCCCCAGCCAAGGCAUUGAUGUCUGCAGUUGGCGUUCGUGGCCAAGAGAAGUUGGCGAAGAGGAGCAAUCACUGAGGCGUUCGCUGCGUCUCACAGAUAAGCCAAAUUUAAAGCAAAAGCUUAUUGGCAACUCAGAGCAGCUGGACACAAGGCUGGCAAUCAAAUUGCAACAGCGGCUGCCACCACUUGAGACUGGAAUUAACUAUGGGAAUACAGCUGGGGUGGAGUUGGAGGCGACCUUUAUCGAUGGCAGCUGCCGUCACGACUCCAAGCUGCUGUGCAACAUGUGUGGCACUCAUUUCGGCAAGUCCAGCGACUUGCAACUGCAUUCGCUUGACGAUUGUCGCAAGAACUUGCUUGCCACACUCAGCAAUUGAGCGAAAAUCUAGUAAGCAACCAUUUAUACUAUCAGCCAAGUAUCGAGAGUUAAUCAAAUAUUAUUUGGCCUGAAGAGAUCAAUUAUUUGCAUUACUGCAUAAUUCAUUAUUUAUUGUUAAAUUUCUUCGUUCAAUAAACUAUUUUUAUACAGAUCCCGA